UAGUGAAAAAACAUUCUGUUUUUAAAAGAUCAUGCGUAUACACAAAAUAUUUUAUUAGGUACAAAAUAAAAGAACAACGAGGUCGUAAUUAUCCUCAUCAUGUUCCCGGAAAUAGUGCCAACGAGUAAGAAUAUAAACUACCUGUGGCAGAAAAAUGCAAAACUUCUUGAACUUUUCAGGAGGUGGAUAGAAAACGUGUUGUUAUUUGUUUCCAUUUAUAUUUUAAACGAUGGAUUUGAGACAUACGGUCAACAAGAUUGAAAAAUGAAGACACUACAUGGAAUCCGAAUCCUACUAUUGAUAGGUUCAUGUUUAGGUUUUGAUGACACUUGGUACAAAGGAUGUUCAAAUAAUGAUGACUUGGAACAGUUUCAUGAUAAUACUGUGUUCAGAGGUUCAAUCGCUGUUGCAGACUGUGCACAUAAUUGCUACACUAAAAGAUUUUUGUUUGCUGGAGUACAACUGAACAGUUUUAGUGAAAUAAGUGAAGAGCCAGCUUACAAGCCUGUCCAUGUUACUGAACAAAAUUGGACACAGGAUGUGGCACAGUCUGCAGAAGACUGGACUCAGUCAACUCAUGCUGAAGAAACACUGUCUGGAGAACUUGGUGCACAGUCUACGCUCUCUUGCAUUUGCCUCAAUAUUUCAUCUGAGAGUGCUGACAGCUGCAGUCAAAAACUGCAAAGGAGUAGUCAACAUAACUUGCCAGUAGGGGUUGCACAAACAUCCUGGGCUGUAUAUGCUAGUGAGGGACCAUUCUUGACAAUGCUUAACAUAGAAACAGAUGUUGGAGUUGCUGUGGUAGAAAAACCUGUUGCCAUAGAGAUACAUGUGACAAGGGCAGCUGCACUGAAUGUCACACAAGAUAAUCUUGAGCUUGGGCACCAGCUUGACAUCAGAUGGAAAGUGAGACAAGAGGGAACCAGCUUCCAGGAAUCUGUUCCAAUGAGAGAUUUUACUCACAUUUUGCAUAGACCAAAGUACAAAUUUGAAAAACCUGGCAACUAUACAAUUGAUGUUGAAGUUACCAAUGGCAUUUCAACAAUACAGUCUAGCCUUGACCUUGAGGUUGUGUAUUCAGCUCCCCGUGACCUUCAGGUUAGGAUUCCAGAGGACAUUGACCUUCCAUCUUGUGUUCCAGAAGAGUUCAAGGUCACUGAACAAAGUGGACAGAUAUUUGUGGUUUUUGUUGAUACACCAUUGCAGAUUGAUGCAGCUGUUUCCAUGGGAACCAAUUUGACCUUCACCUUUUGGUUUGAGGACACUAAUGAGGACAAGGCCAUACAGCUGUGUGAGAACUGUACCAGUGUUAGCAUAGAGCAUGUAUACGAAGAGAUGGGGAUGUUCAAGAUGUUAACAUCUGUAUAUAAUGUAUAUGGACAUGUGGACAAGCAUAUAACUGUGUUGGUCAUCCAAAGACAGUUCAGCAAUUUGACUAUUGACCUUCAUCCAGCAUCAGAGGACAUAGUAGCUGUAGACCAGCCAGUACAUUUUAUAGUGUCACUAAUAACUACCUCCCGGAGCAACAGGUCGUUACAAGUCUGGUAUGGAGAGGGACAUAGCAAUAUUGUAUCCUUAGCUGACACAAAAUCUCCCAGACUGGUUCUUGCAGGAAAUGGAAAAGAAAUGGAAAUAAUAGCAAGCUAUGGAGAAGGCUGUAGAUUGCUUGUAGAGUUUUAUUACACAUAUAAAACUGAAGGUGUUUAUAAACCAAAAGUUGCUGUAUAUGAAAAUAGAAAAUUGAAAGAUCCUGAUAGACAUUUUCAUGAUUCUAAUAAAGAGGAAGGACAACAAAUCAAGCAUCUUCCUGAAGCUGAUACUGUUUUGGAAAGAAGCAGAUCUGAGUCAGCUGAAUCAUUUGAACAUGCAGCAGUUGCUGGAGUAGGUGAUGACAGUGACAAGAAAAUCGGAGCUGAGUAUUUGGAAAAAUUGAAUAAUGAUUUAUCUGAAGAACUUGGCAGAGGUAUAUUAGUACUUUCAGAGAUAUUUGGUGCUAGAAUCCAUACAGCCCGUGUUGCAAGGUGUGAAGAACCUUUGGAAAUCAAUUUACUGGUAUCUUCUGUGUUAAAUAUAUCCAUCCACUGGCAUAUUUAUAGAAUUGCUGAUGAGUAUGUUGAUGACGAAGGGACAAAUAUAGACAUGUAUGAUGUUGAAGAAUAUUCUGAAAAUGUUAUUCCAGAGGAGAAAGACUUGGUAUUAUUUCUUGAAAAGAAAACAUCAGAAACCAGUUUGGUUUAUGUAUUUCAGCAAGUUGGAGCUUAUUUUAUAAGAGCAAGAGUAAGAAAUGCUAUAAGUUCCAUAGAGACGAGUUUCGAUGUUAUUGUUCAGUGUCCAAUUGAAGAAUUAACUGCUACAUGUUUUGAUGAGUAUAUUGAAAGUGGGGCGGAGCUAACUUGUGCAGCAACAGUGCAGAGGGGUUCAGAUAUUGUAUUUCAUUGGUCUAUAGAAGGUAUUGAAACAAAAACAUACACACAGUUUGAAAAUCAUACUUCAGUUGUACGGCACAGAUUUAAAAGUUCGGGAAUUUAUGACAUAUCCUUGCAAGCUAUGAACAAUGUUAGUAAAGGUUAUUUUGAAGUAGAAACACCAGUACAUGUUCAAGAUCCGAUAAAGAGUAUUAAGGUUUUGAAGAAGUCGCCCAACUUGCUUGGAAAUUUAACAGAAGUUUUGGCGAUAUAUCAACCAAAAUGUUGUUUGUAUUAUUUAGAUGUUGAAUUUGAGUUUGAUUUCGGACUGGGGAGGGAAAAUUAUGCUUUAAACAACUGUGAUGAACAGUUGUGUUGGGGGCAGGCUGGUCAUAUUUUUUACGAGACUGGAACCCAUGAAGUGAUUGUAUAUGCCUAUAAUGAUGUGUCGCAAAUAUCUAAGACAGUAGAGGUACAGAUAUAUGCUGAGUUAGACGACAUUACAGUGGAUGUACUGGGUGAACCUGUAGCUGGAAGUCCCACAAGAUUUGUUGUCUUGCAGAAUGGUAAAACCAUGGAAACGGCAGAUGUAUAUUUCACUUGGCUGUUCCGAGAUGAUACAGAGGUUUUAUACACAAAUUCACCAGUGGUAGAGGCAGUUUUUAAUCUGCCAGGAAAUUAUACAGUGUUUCUGAACCUAACUAACCCAGUUCACAUCAGACAUAUUGAAGUACCCGUGUUUGUAAGGUCAAGGUCAGAAGUUAACCUUGAACUGCUACAUGACCUUUAUGUGACCCCUGGAUCUAAAGUGGCCUUUGACCUUCAGAUAAACAGCAAGGACUGGGUGAUAGACUGGACGGAAGUAAGGGUCAGCUACAGUGAUGGAGUAUCCAAGGUGUACAAAGGACUUACACAUCAAUGGCUGCACACAUUUCAUCAAGUUGGUGCCUGGUAUAUCAACAUUAUAUUGGUUGGUUCCAAAGGAUCCACCAUAGAAACAUUGACAUCCUAUGUUAUGGUGCAGGAACCAGUCACUGGAUUACAGCUGAAUGGACCAAUAGCUUUGGCAUAUCAAGAGUACGAGUCUUGUACAUGGUUAGCAACAACUUUAACAGGGACAAACAUCUUGUAUAACUGGACGUUGGAUGACAGUAUACUUAUACCUAAAUCACAGUAUGAAAUACAGAUACCAAGACCUGGAAAUUAUACAGUGAGAGUGGAGGCUUUCAAUGAUGUUGCUAGGCAACCAGUGUCUGCUUCACUUCCUGUUCUAGUUCAAAAUGUUAUUGAAGACGUUGACCUGGAAAUCGUUGGAAACUUGGUGGGAAAGCGUACACAGAUUAUUGUAUUUGUGGCUGGUUACCAUGAUUUUGUGGUAGACAUUAACUACGGAGAUGGCGAAAAUGAAAUUGUAUACUCAUCUGACCCUGUUGCUAUGGCAACUGGUGACAGUGAUUUUAAAGUUUAUCUUGCUCAUGUAUUUGAAAUGCCAGGAGAGUAUAAUAUUGUGGUGAAUGUGUCCAAUAGAGUUUCCUCAGUAGUUUCAGCACGGUUAUUUAUACCUAUUGAGGACAUCACCUUGACGACACGGUCACCAUGGGUCAUCAGAAGUACCGGGCAUGUGGUUGUUAAAGCAGUUGUCACAGGAGGACGAGACUUGACAUUUAUUUGGAAUUUCUCAGAUGCCAGAACAUAUGAGAAGCCUUUGGUUACAAGCUAUCCGAACCAGACGUCUAUAGCAAAACAUUUCUACGGAAUGUCUGGAGAGUACUGUGUGACAUUUAAUGUUACGGGAUAUAAUUACCCCGCCCCUGGGGUGUAUGCAGCACUAGACAGAUGUUUCCUGGUCGUGGAUCCUAUAGACACUGUUAAACUAUCGGCCAGUAGUAACUCCUCGGCUUUAGAAAGGAACGCUACAAUACCGGCGGUGUUCACAGCCAGGUUGUCUGGUUCCCAUGUUGUAUUUCUGUUUGACUAUGGGGAUGGUACCAAAGAAAAGGUGCAUGGUACCCAGCUUUCACCCUGGAAUAAAGAUAUGACAAUGUUUGCUGAAGGAAGACAUUCCUACAGAUCAGUUGGCGAGUAUAAGGUCAAGGUCACGGCAUCAAAUCCCCUUGGCAACGAGACUGCCUGGCUUCCACACUCGUUCUGGGUCCAGGAGCCGCCAAAAGACCUCUACUUUUAUGAAGAAUUAAGCGGUGAAAGAUUAACAAGAUAUGUUGGCAGAGUAGGCGAACUUGUUACGAUGGUUGCCAAGGUCGUGUCGGGAACUGAUGUAAUGUUUGAUUGGAAACUUGGCGAUCAGACAGAUCUUGUUAAAAAAGGAUCUGUGGUCAGUCAUCAGUAUAUGACCGCAGGUGUGAGGACAGUCUAUGUUACAGCUUACAACAAAGUAAGGACACUCACCAGAGCUGUCCAAGUCUUCAUCAACUAUGAAAUUCAAGGUGUAGAUUUGAUCGUAGAGAGACAGGUGAUAUCUGUAAAACAGAAGAUGAUGUACACUGCUGUGGUCAGACCCGACUACCCCAAUAUAGUGACAAGUUAUCACUGGACGUUCAAGUCACCGACCAGGUCUCAGGGGCGUGGCAGUUAUGGUGGAACACAGAAAUACAGUUCCAAGCAGAGCACAGUACCUUACACUUUCCUCAUGCCUGGAGAGUGCACAGCUACUGUAACCGCACAGAAUGCUAUCAGUAAUGCUACCUCAGCUUCAGUGGAAAUCUUCGUGUAUAAACCAAUCCUUUUUCCUGAAAUCUUCAUUAUUAGUAACAAAAUCAGUAGGCUGGUGAAUCAGUCAAUCACAUUCAAGUAUUUCCAGUACAGUGGAACUGAUGUGAAUAUGACGUGGACUUUUGGAGAUGGUUCGGACCAAAUCAUUACUAAUAUUCCUGAGGUAGAGCAUACAUUCACAAGUGAAGGGGCAUAUAAUAUAUCACUGUUAGCCCAGAAUCCUGUCAGUUCGCAGACAGUACAUAAAAUGUUGUUUGUAUUGAACAAGUCUUAUUGUAACGAGCCAAAAGUCAACAUCAUUGGCGACACAGAAACAAAGAUUGUAUAUUCAAGAUAUUUUACUGUUGAAGCUGAUAUAACCAUGGACUGUAAUCUUACCUCAACUGCAGCCUAUCAUUGGUCAAUAGAUGGUCAUGUGACCUCUACAGCUGUGCAGAUGGAAAAGCGUGUGUUGGUGCUGCCACCUAGAAUGUUGAAUUAUGGGAAGCAUGGUUUAAAAUUUAAAGUUGAGAUGUUGGGUACUAUAGUAUAUGCCAGUGCGUCAAGAAUUGUUGAGGUAGUUUCAAGUCCUCUGGUCAGUAAAGUACAUGGUGGCGUAUUUAGACGUAUCAGGAGCGAGGAUGGUGUCAUGAUUGAUGGUUCUGCUUCAUUUGACCCGGAUAAUUCAGAUCAAAGUCAUCUGAGGUAUAAUUGGAGGUGUCAUUAUCUGAAGGUAGACGGAACAUAUGGAGAUUCCUGCUUCCUGAACUACACUACCCAGGAUGCACCAGCAAACAUUACCCACAAUGGUUCAUGCAACAUUUCCAUGGAUACUGCAGUUUUGUCGUUUCCAGGUGAUUGCCUUGUGAUGGCAUCAAAUUUCACAUUUGAAUUGACGGUAUCUGCAGAUGGAAGACAGAAUGGAACCAGUUUUCAAACAGUUGCCUUGGAACGAGAGAAUCCUCAAAUAUUAAAUGUGAAAAUAGUUCGCCCAUAUAGUAUGAUGGACCCAGUCAAUCCAGACAGGAAACUGUCAUUUUAUGUGGAAUGUACAAACUGUGAAAAGAAAGGUACAAAGUAUGAAUGGAGGAUCAAACACCUAGCGGGCUACAACAUUCACAAUUACGCUAGAGCUCAUGAUUUACCUUGUGUUGAUAAAGAUGGCAAGAUUUACAAGCUACUGCUUGAGAAUGAAACUGACAGUGAUCUGACUGUAAAUAAAGAUAGAAACCCUACACUGGAGGAGAAUUUAAGUAGAGGAGAUAUAGACGAGGCAGCCCAGGAACUAUGGCCUUUUACUGUUGGUUCUGAGGUUGACUUGGAUAUGACAACUACUAUCCCACUGUAUCCCUAUGGUCGUAUAUCAGAGGGGAAAUCCAGUACAGAAAAUAGAAGACAUAGGUCAGUGGUGAAAGAUCUAAACAACAUUGAUUAUCUGAGGGUUGAGGAACAGGCUGAUAGUGCUAGAAGAAUGAAAACAACUCCUAGAAAACUGGAUAUAGUGGAAGAGAAGAGCUCAAACCUGGGUAGAGGUGUGACUAGGUUCCAGGUACCAAUAGAAGAGGGGACCCCAGGAGAAUCCGGCAGCUCUGGUGGCAGACAGUACUCAAUUGGUACUUUGGGAGAGGAACCAGGUGCUAACAGGAAUAUGGUUCCCGAUCCAGUUGAUGAGACAGAAAAUGAAGACAGUGGAUCGGGAACAAUAUUUUUAGACAAAUUAGUAGGAAGUCGUGAAGACAACUUGAGACAGCGAUCUAUUCUGGAGUUGCCGAUGAUACGUGUUAAUUUACCAGAGGAGCAGACGCGGACUGGAUUGAAUGGAGAAUCUCUAGUUAUAAAGCCAGGAUUUCUAAAACAGGGUUUGACCUACUUUCUAGAGGUCAGGGUCACUGAUGAAGGCGGUGGACAUCAUGGAGAAGCUGUGAGCAGUUUUGUUGUAAAUGAAAGUCCAGUGCAUGGUAACUGCCGUGUGAAGCCGGACAAUGGUGUAGAACUUGAUACACAGUUUGAUGUCAUGUGUCAGGCCUGGAAGGAUGAGCAUAAACCAUUGAUGUAUGAGAUAAGUUAUAAACUAGACAAGUUGGAGGACAGAAAGCUGAUAUACAGAGGUGUAAAUGGUGAAUUUCCAAUCCGACUUCCGGCUGGGAAAGCACAGAAUGAUUAUAAUGUGUAUGUAUACAUCGAUAUACUAGACGGACUGUAUGGCAAAGACAUCAGUGUGCUCAAAUAA